AUGAAGCUGAAUUUGGGCUAUUUUGAUUUGUCCAAGGAAACGCUGCCUGAAUGCCCUGAAAGCGGCCUUCCAGUAUGCCUGACGUCCACAAAAAUCGUCGGCCGAGGCGAGUAUCUCAAAAAGCUGCGCCAUGCGAAUUUGCAAUCGCUUGUUGACGUAGAAUCAUCUAAUCAGGAACGAAUUGUGUUUGUCAGCGAGAUGCCUUCCCAGCCAAGCCUUUUUGAAGUGAAUGGCAAACUGGGGAAGGAUGAAAGGCUGCGAUUUGCGCAGAUGUUGUAUUCGGCAAUCGACUUUUUACACGGCAAGGGGCUGGUUCACGGUCAGUUAACAAAUAAAACAGUCCAUUACGAUGUCAACUCUGACUCUCUCAAAAUCUCUGAGUGGUUCGUUAAUGCUUUGACGGAUUUCGGCGAUUUUGCUGGCAUAAAUUUCCGGCAAUCGAUCAAGUACUCGGCCCCAGAACUGUGGAAAGACGACAAAGAUAUCAAGUCCCUCGUAAAAACGAAGCUCGCCCUUGCGAAACGCGGGCACGAAGCCAGCUCAGUAGCAGGUGCCCUCACUCAGACCCUUGGCGUCGGCAAAACCUUUGAAGAACUCGACCCAGCGUUGAGAAAAAUACUAGAAAUUACCACCAGUCAUCGACCCAGAGAUCGCCCAUCAGCUGCCGAAGUUUUGGAGCUACUGAAAUGCCCGAAGAGCGAAUUUCCGGAAAUAAACCUGUUUUCGAACGUUUCCAACGUCGCCAUUCCAGAGAACCAUUCACUCAGAGAUAUCAUAGAAGCACUGGGGCAUAAUGAUGCUUAUUAUUUUUGGAGGCUUUCUUCUAAUGGACUCAACAGCGAGCUGGAGCGAAGCGGAUUGAUCCAAAAAACUGUCGGGAUUUCGAAAGUCGGGCUCAUCCCUUCUACGCACGCAAGUGGCGGAGACAAUGGACAAGGAUCCGGGGAGGAAAACUCGCAUAAACAGACGGAAAUCGAUCUCACCGUGUUGGAGGGCACGCUUCAGUCAGUCGACACAAUCGCCGCCAAUCCCGUAAUUUCAAUCGAUAUUGACCAGUCUAAACUCUCGCCAACCCUUCGCCAGAUCAACGAAGAACGACGACUGCCUCUUUCAAUCCGAGAGUCGUCGAUAAUCUACCAGUUCUCGAGGACUUUGAUCUACCGACGCCUUUUGUCCGGAUACCCUCAUACGCUCGAGAGGAUCAUUCAAGAGGCCAACAAUGUUUGGAGCGCUCUUUUGGAAGUUUCCGGCGACACGCGAGAAAUGUACAAGCGCAUCAACAAAUGCGCAAUCAGAGAGACUGACAGGCAAAUCGAUGUGGACAUCCCGCGAUGUCAUCAAUAUCUGGAAGUGAUUGCCAGUCCUGAGGGUGCCCGGAAGCUCAAGCGUGUGAUCAAAGCCUGGCUUGUUACCAACCCGGGGCUGACUUAUUGGCAAGGACUGGACUCUCUUACUGUGCCUUUUGUAGUCCUGCAUUACGACCGCGAGGAUUUGGCAUAUGCAAGCAUGUCGAAUUUCAUUCCGAAGUACUUGAAUGGUCUUUUCCAGCGAGACAACGCGGCUGUCAUUCAGGAGUACCUCGCUGUUUUCCAGCAGCUGAUCUGCCAUCACGACCCGGAACUAGCCAACCACUUACUCGAUAUGGACGGUCAGGCGUUCGUGCCAGAUCUGUACGCCAUCCCGUGGUUCCUCACAAUGUUUUCACACGUCUUCCCCAUCAAGAAGAUCUUCCAUCUCUGGGAUAAACUGCUGGUUUAUGAUUCAUCGCUGCCGCUGUUUAUUGCAGUUGCAAUCAUGCUCCGCCUGAAAAGACAGCUGAUGACAUUCAGCUUUAACGACUGCAUCUUGUCAUUCUCAGAUAUGCCGGAUAUAGACGUAGACGACAUUGUCACACAAAGUACAAUUCUCCACCGAGACACUCCUCUAAGCUGCUCUUAUCGAGUUCACCAGCCGGACUUUGAAGAUACCUCGCUUCUGUCUAUUCACAAAGAAGACAUAGACCUCCAAGCUCGGCGAAUGGAGCGUCUACCGAUCAUUUCGUUAUCAGAUGUCUGCCGAAUGAACAGAAUCAGGUCAUCAACUUUCAUUGGCAAUUUCACUGGCGAAGAGUUCGAAAUCGUCGAUGACAUUGAAAGCAUCGGAUCAGUAGAGCGGCUACUGAUUGUCGAUUGUCGCCCAGAAGAGGAAUUCAAUACUGGAACGCUACCUGGUGCAAUAAAUUUGCCUGCAGAAAGCUCUUUCGAAGAUCCAACAGCUGAAAUUCCGAACCCAAGUCUGCGCCCCUCUCUUUCGAGCAUAAAACUCAUCUCCUCGCGUGGAAACAGGAUCAUCGUCGUCGCUGGAAAAGAUACGCGCAGUGGGCAGGCCUUUGCCGAGCGGCUUCUCUCCCUUGGCUAUCCGAAGCUUACCGUUCUUCAUGGAGGCUUCGACCUUCUUUCUUCCCUUGGAGCUACUUUGGAGCUUCCAAGUCUACGCGAAGAAACAUAA